CGCUCGCGCCGCCGGGCCAGCCGCGCCGCGUCGCCAAGCUCUACGUCGUGCCCAACUGCGAGGUCGUCACGCCGCCGCCGCCGCCGAUCUACCACGUCACGGAGAACGGCGAGCGGCUCCUCGUGCUCUACGCGACGCGCGUGCAGCGGCCGCUGAUCCCCGCGAUCCAGCAGGUGCACAAGCAGCGCGCGGAGUUCCUCUCGCUCUUCGACGAGUCGGAGGUCGAGAUGGCCGCGGCCAUGUUCGACUCGCGGCCCAUCGAGAUCGCCCGGCCGCUGCUCUUCGAGUCCGAGGAGGACGCGGAGCGCCGCGCCGAGCCGGCCGCGCCGAAGCGCAAGCGCAAGUCGCGCAAGAAGAAGCGCAAGGCCGCCGCCGCCGCCGCCGCCGCCGCCGCCGCGGAGCGGGGCGACGAGGCGGCGCCCGCGGCCGACGGCGCCGCGGAGCCCGCGGCCGUGCCCGAGGCGCCCGCCGAGGCGCCCGCCGCGCCGCCGCCGACGGCGCCGCCCGUCGAGGCGCCCGCCGAGGCGCCGCCGCCGGCCGCCGCGCCGGCCAAGAAGAAGAAGAAGAAGCGGUCGCGCCGCCGCGGCCCCGCGCCGCCCGCCGAGAUCAGCGAGUACGAGCGCACGCGCAUGCGCAACAUCGCGGCCGGCAACAAGAAGCUCUACUCGCUCGGCCUCAUCCACCCGCCGCCGGAGGUCGUCGCCGACCCCGAGCACUCCUGGUGGUCCGAGCGCGCGAGGACCCGCGUCUUUUUGGUUUCGCGCCUUCGACGCGUGCUCCCGCAGGCCCAGUCGUGA